GAGACGCGCCGGGCCGAACGGUUGCUGGUUACUAUGGCUACGUUCAGCAAAAAACGGCGACCAAGUCACGUAAAAAGUGGCUUAAAAAGUACUAACAACGUAGCGGACAUGUUCUUACACGGUCCGACGAAUGUUGGAGAAGAGGGACGUUUUGUGGAGGGCUCCAUACUUCGCCUCACCAUGACAAACUUCCUGACUUACGACUACUCCGUGUUGUCUCCUGGACCCAAUCUGAACAUGAUUGUUGGAGCCAAUGGAACCGGCAAGUCCAGCAUCGUGUGCGCCAUCUGUUUGGGUCUGGCCGGCAAGACCGCUAUCCUGGGCAGAGGUGACAAGGUUGGGCUCUAUGUCAAGCGUGGGUGCAAUAGAGGAUUCAUUGAAAUUAUGCUAUACAAGACUGGUGGUAAUGUAGUAAUCAAAAGAGAGAUCCAUGUGGAGAACAAUCAGUCACUGUGGAUGCUGAAUGAAAGACCCUGCAACCAGAAAGCAGUGGAAGAAGAAGUCAAGUCUCUGCGUAUCCAAGUCAGCAACCUCUGCCAGUUUCUGCCUCAGGAAAAAGUGGGAGAGUUUGCGAAGAUGUCUAAAAUUGAGUUGCUGGAGGCAACUGAGAAGUCAGUGGGACCACCAGAAAUGUAUGAGUACCAUUGUGAGCUCAAAAACUUUCGCAACAGAGAACGAGAACUGGAGAACGUUGUAAAGGAGAAGGUCAGUUUCCUCAAAAAGGCCAAGCAGAGGAAUGACAGAAACAAACAUGACGUGAACCGUUAUCACGAAAAGAAGAGGCAUCUGGACGUGAUAGAUUUGCUUGAUAAGAAGAAAUCGUGGGUGGAGUACGAGACCACCCGAAAGGAGUGUGAGGGCGCAAAGAAGGAGCGAGAUGAUGCCAAAAAGCAGCUUUCUGCCCUGAAGCAGGCCCAUGCGCCCAUGCUGAGGAAGAUCCAGCUGAUUGAUAACCAGCUGAAGCCCACUGAGGCACAGAUAAAGGCUAAGACCGUCGCCAUCAAAGAAGCCUCUCUGAAGUGCAAACAGAAACAAGAGCAGUUGGAUCGAAAACACAAAGAGAUAGAAGAUAUUCAACAGACUCAAAGGCUGAAGCAGAUGGAAGAGGAAGACCACCAGAAGCGAAUCAGCAACACCAGGCGGACUAUUAAGGACCUGAAGGCGGAGCUUGCCAAAGUUGGCGACCAACAUGAUGUGACUCCGCGGAUCAACGUCGUCAACCUCGAGCUGCUAAACAUCCGGGCGGAGGGAGCGAAGCUGGAAGAAGAGAAGGGCGACCUGCGCAGGGAGAAAGAAAACCUGCACGCUGAGACCAGAAUGUUGUUGAGAAAGCUCAGUGACAUGAACGACAUGAUGAAUGCCAAAGAGGAGAAGCUGCGAAGACGCCACAGGGACACGCACACGGCCCUCCAGUGGCUCCGACAGAACAGACAGCUCUUUGUGGGAAAUGUCCAUGAGCCCAUGAUGCUGGUGAUCAAUGUGAAAGAUCAUCGCUUUGCUAAGUUUGUGGAGAACCACAUCCCGUUCCACGAUCUACGGGCGUUUGUCUUCCAGAAAAAAGACGACAUGGAGAGGUUCAUGACCGAGGUUCGUGACAAGAUGAACCUGAAUGUCAACUCCAUAUCUGCUCCGGAGGAUUCGCGCUCCAGGCGGCCACCAUCACAAAGGAUUGAGGCCCUGAGGCGCUUUGGGUUCUUCACCUACUUACGCGAGAUGUUUGACGCCCCCGAUGAGGUGAUGAGUUACCUCUGUCACCAGUACAAAGUGCAUGACGUCCCUGUGGGCAAUGAGCAGACUAAAGCCAUGAUUAAAACGGUGAUGGAGGAGCCCUACCUCAGGGUGGUAUACACAACAGAUGAGAGGUACAUUUUCAAAAGGUCCCAUUACUCCAACCAGAUCAGCACCAGUAACUCUGCAGUUCACCCUUCCCAGUACCUCAGCAUCACGGUGGAUGCUGAAGAGAAACGGCUGCUUGAGCAGCAGAUGAAGAGCUGCGAGUUGAAGCUACGAGACAUCGAUGAGAGGAUAAAGGCCCUGCAGGCGGAAGCCGCCAGUCUAGAUCGCCGUGACAACGAGUUGUUGGCGGAGAAGAAGCACCUUUGUAUAGUGAAGGGAAAAAAGAGGCAACUGGAGCAGAAGAUCAGUACUAAGCAAGACAGUCUGAGACAAAUGGAGAAGAGCGUUAUUAACCUGCAGAAGAUCGAAGAGGAAACUAAAGCGAAAAUUGCAGUUGUCAAUGCAGAGAAAGUGUCCAUAAUCACGGUGUUCCUGGCCCAAAUUAAGCUGAGAUCCAAGCUGACCAUGGAGAAUGUGUACCUGGCUUUGGAAUCUGUGGGUCUGAUGGGUGAGAAAAGCAAGCUGGAGAAUGAUUGCAGAGACGGUGUCUCUGAACUCAAGGCAACUGAGCAACAAUGCAGCCGUCUGCAGCAGAGGAAAGUGCAACUGACGGAGCAAUGCAGAGGCCUCUUGGAGAGAGCGAUGUCAAUUUGUAAGAUGCGCCCUGAUGAGUCAUUACCGGAAGACCUUUGUAACGCUUUCAGGAAGCUGCCUGACACGCUGGACGAGAUCGAUGCGAUGCUGAACGAGGAGCGCUCCAGAGCCAAGUGCUUCACUGGCCUCAGCGAAAAUGUUGUUGAUGAGUACAACAAGAGCGAGGAGGAGAUCAAACAUCUGGAGAAAGAGCUGGAAGACGAGAGCAGCGCUCUGAACACCUACCGACAGAACAUAUCCGAGGCUAAGGAGCGCUGGCUGAACCCUCUGAAGCAGUUGGUGGAACAGAUAAAUGACAAGUUCAGUGAUUUCUUCCGCUCCAUGCAGUGCGCAGGAGAGGUUGAUCUGCACUCAGAGAACGAGGAGGAGUAUGACAAGUAUGGGAUCCGAAUUCGGGUGAAGUUCCACAGCAGCACUCAGCUCCACGAGCUCACGGCGCACCACCAGAGCGGAGGAGAGCGCAGCGUCUCCACGAUGCUCUACCUCAUGGCCCUGCAGGAGCUCAAUUGCUGCCCGUUCAGAGUUGUGGACGAGAUCAACCAGGGAAUGGAUCCUGUAAAUGAGAGAAGAGUCUUUGACAUUGUUGUCCGCACAGCCUGCAAAAAGACAACAUCCCAGUACUUCUUCAUAACACCCAAACUGCUGCCGGAUCUUGAGUACACUGAUGAGAUGACCGUCCUCUGUGUCCAUAACGGCAGCCAAAUGCUUCCCCCCGACCAAUGGGACGAGAGGGAAUUCAUCAAACGAUGUGUCCAAAGAAAAGCCAUGGCAUGAGCCUACAGUUUUACCUCCACUGCCAAAGUUCAAUUAUUUAGAAUAGCUGAAAUGAAACCGAUGUUCAUCAUUAUCCAUCAUUUCUGUUAAGCCUUUUUAUUUCUGAAAAAAUUAACCUUAGAAAGUGAAUGUUUGAGUUGUUAUUUUGAAGGUGUUUUCAAAACAAAAUCAACAUAUAUACGUACAUAUAAGAAGAAGUACAGAUUUAUACAGGUACGAAAACUUAAAUGCAUUGAGCAUUUUUGUUGUUUUGUUAUGUUUUGUUGUUUUGUCAACAUGCUUUCUUGAUUAUAUAAAAGAUUUAUAGUUUGCUCGUUCUUCUCAUAAAUUUGCCGAUAUA